CCAUGACAAUGUCACCUGGCCCAGCCAAUGAGAGCGCAGGGAUCCCCUCAACACCACCCAAAUUUGAACAAAGAGGCGGGCUUCAGUUGUCUGACAGUUACAGCUGGUCACAAUAGUCCGUCACACCUGACUGGUCGCACUAUGGAUGACUAGAUGACGGAGGUAGAAAAGGGCUGCCCGUUGCUAGUGCUGGCAGUAUAUUGUAGAGAUCACACAGUGUAGAUUAGUCAAUUGUAGCCUCAUCUUGAUCAAGAACUAGUUAGGCUUCCUUCUAUACCUUCAUCAAGAUUAUCAGGGUGGCUAAAGCUCUGAUUUGAUUGUGGUUGUGUGGGAUUCAGUCUAUCUGUGAUCCUUUAUUUCGUUGUGCUUGGACUGUUGGUGAUCUUGGCUAGCGUGGCCUUGGUGUUGUGACAAGCCUGGUUUUAACGGUGUCCUUACAUCCAUGUUCGGCACCAGCCCGACUGAAUUGUUGCCACUGACACAAAUGUGCAUUGCUUCCUGGAUACUACCAUCUGAAAAAUGAUUCUUGGAGCUGACAGAGCUGAUUCCUGCAAUUGGUUAGAGUGCACGAUGGAAACCGAUGCCAGCAUUAAUGACCACAUGACCUCGGACGAGAUGUACAUGCAGCUUCAAGCUGAUAUGGUAAACAUCAAAGCUCAGGAGCAAGCCCUCCAGUCUGAGAUAAGCAACAUUAAGUCGAAGUUCACAAAUCUGCUCCAGACCUGCGGCCUGGAAGAUGAGUUCCCUGUUGAUGACAACGUGAAGAUGUCCACACCAAGAAGGCCAACACUAGCCAACGAUGGAACUCCAAGACGCACCAACUUCAACUAUGCUGACUUCCUGAUAGAACAGCUCCUUGCUGGAAAUACCCUAACAGACUCUGAUCUCUCCAUCAGCCCUGAAGACACAAGAAACUCGGCGGAAGUUGAACCUGAGAACCUGAACCAUGUUGACUCCUGCAACCUCCUCAGUGCCAGCACAGCAGCAGUGCCCAACCAGAAUGUGUUCCACACAGACAAUCACCACGUCACUGUUGCUUCAAACGUGCUCCGUCAGGUCAUGCCGAACAACAUCGAUGUCACCACAUCCGAGAAUGGAGUUGCUACUUCCUCAGACUCUUACCCCCAGUCCUCCUCAGACUCCUCGGAUAACCAGGUUGUGCCUGAUCUUGACCGUGAGAAGGACCUGGAUUCUCGCAGGCAUUAUUAUUCAGACUUUACUAUUGACAGACAGAGGAAGAUCAACCAGCUUCUUAUCCAGCUCAAGCAGAAUAACAACACCACUCUCCUCAGCAGGCCAGAGGUUUUCCCAGGCGGUGACAGCUCCGAGCGACUUGUUGAGGGAGCUGAACAGCAAGUGUCCUUCCGCAAGGUCAUGAUCAACAGGCGUACCUCCACUGCCAGUUCCAGGUCCAGCGGUACUGACUCAGCAUCUGCAUCUAGCACCAUGAAGAAAUCCAGUCGAUCCACAAGUCGCCGCAAUAAGACAUCUUCAUCUCGGACUAGUAGUCACCCACUGAUGUCCUCGACCAUGAUCUCCGACCCAUCCAUUGCCAUGCCCAGCAGUAGCUCCAACUCCAGCGUCUAUACCUGGUCCAUUGAUGAGAACUCCGAUCCAGCUGACCUCCAGGGCUCCUACAUGAGGAGUAGACACAGCCAGCACAAGUCUCACAGAAUCCGCAAGUCUACUUCCAGCACACCCCGAGUGUCUACUGAGCGCAAGCGACGUCACCACCGUCAUCGUGAGGCCCCAUCUCUCCACCUCACCCACAUGGUUUCCACCAUCGAGACAUCCAGCUGCAGCAACCGAGUCUUCGCAGAGAACAACUGUGAGAAGCUACCCCGCACCAGUACCAAGACCCAGCUGCCCAUCAUCAACAACUCUUCCUGGGAGAAGGCCCCCAUCCACUCUACAUCAGGUGCCGAGUUCUUCAGCAUCCAGCCCUCUGAUGUCGAUGACACUCUGGACUCGUCCCCUCUCCAAGAACGACUCGAUCUUCCCGGGAAGUCCAGCUCCAGUGGUAGUAGCGCCGGCGGCCUCAUCAACCCCUGCAACACCAUGCAACAAAGUGCUCUGACAACAACAGACUAUACCCGUGUGUCUUCCCUGGCGGACUCUUCUCUUAUCGACACUGUCCUCACAGACAGUCCAGCCGACUCCGUCAACAGCAGUGGCCUCUAUGCUCCCUGCAACUCUCCCCGCUACAGCAGCGUCGGCUCUCACUGCGGCUACACCACCGUCAGCAGCAGCGUACCCUCAACUUCCAGCAACGAGUACAGAGCACCACUGCCAACACCUGCUACAGUCAGACCUGAAGACUCCAUCUUCAAGAUUCCCCACAGUCCUAUCGGGAAGAAAAGGUCAUCGAAGAAGAGCGUGAGCCACAGCCCCAGUGUCCGUACCUCAACACCCCGCCCCCCCUACUCCGGGGGAUCAGUCCGCAGUGAGCCUGUCAUGAGGAGGAAGCUGUUCUCUACCGGAGCAGUUGGUGCCACUGAGCACAAGAUCUUGGACAAGAAGGCAUUGGUCCGCAAGUUCAAGAAGUUCAGUCAUCACUUUCACAAGAGCGACAAGUCGAACAAAAUCAAGACCCUCGCCCAGUUGUAAACUGAACAAUUUGUGCUCCUGGUUUUAAUAGUGCGAAUGUGACGUUCACUUGUACAGGACAUUUGUGAAUAGUGUGGUUGUGAGGACAAUAGAAGCUGUGGCUUCGAGGUUGUGAUUACAAAGAAAUUGACUUUGUGUAAAUGUUGUGAAUAACCAUCGGUGAUAUUACUCUUCCUGCAAUUGCCAGACUCUUUCAUUACAAUUCCACAUUAUCAUUCAAAGCCACAAUUACUGUCAUUCCCAGUGCAAUACAGAUUUUCAUGCAUACCAAACAGAUUCUUGCUCAUUGUAUAGUGUAAAUAUGUACAUAUGUCAGAUGAAUGCUAUUUAUUUUCUUGUCAAGAACACAAGAACAGUGCUACAAUAUUUUUGAUUUCUAGUCAAUCAAAAUGUCAUGAAUAAAUACAAAUCAAUUCAAACCAUUCUCUUUGUUUUGCUUUAAUACUUUGAGUGACC